GCGCUUCUGAUGACAUCACAGCUUUAAGUAUUCCCGUUGCUUCUCCCACGCGCCCUCAUCACCGCUACUCCACCAGCAUAAAGAGCCUCAUGGUCCAAAGAUGUUCCUGUAGCUUAGCUGGGUUUAAGUUCUGUGACACUGCUGCCGUCUUGUCUCCUGUGCUAUAACAGACUUGAGCUGGUCCUCGCCAGGGUGAAGGGAAAAGAGAGAAAAAAAGCGCCUAUCGAGCUUCAGUGCGAAAGAAGAGAGGUGGAGAACAGGACCAAGCUGAGUCCGGGCGUGGUAGCAGGAAAAAACUAACCUUUGUUAGCUGAACUUCAAAUAGUAACUACAACAAUGUCGUUGUCGGUACCGCAGAACGGAAUAAAGGCGGAUGACGAACCCGCAAUCGAGCUUUUCGUGAAGGCGGGAAGUGACGGAGAAAGCAUUGGGAACUGCCCCUUCUCCCAGAGGCUCUUCAUGAUCCUGUGGCUCAAAGGAGUUGUCUUCAAUGUCACCACAGUGGACCUUAAGAGGAAGCCUGCAGACCUCCAGAACCUGGCCCCAGGCACACACCCACCCUUCGUCACCUUCAAUGGAGAGGUCAAAACUGAUGUCAACAAGAUUGAGGAGUUCCUUGAAGAUGUCCUCUGCCCACCAAAGUUUAUCAAGCUUGGCGCAAAACACCCCGAGUCGAACACGGCUGGUAUGGACAUCUUUGCCAAGUUUUCAGCAUACAUUAAGAACUCAAAACCAGAUGGAAAUGAGGCUUUGGAGCGUGGACUUUUAAGGACACUGCAGAUGCUGGACGUGUACCUCCGCUCACCGCUGCCUGAUGAGAUUGACCACCACAGCCUGGAGGACAUCAAGGCUUCCACCCGCAACUUCCUGGAUGGUGAUGAAAUGACCCUGGCUGACUGUAACCUGCUGCCUAAGCUGCAUAUAGUGAAGGUGGUGGCUAAAAAGUACAGAGGCUUUGACAUCCCCAAAGAGAUGACCGGGAUCUGGAAGUACCUGAACAAUGCCUACGCACGCGAGGAGUUCACCAACACUUGCCCCAGUGAAAAAGAAAUUGAGAUAGCUUAUGCAGAUGUAGCCAAGAGGCUGGUCAAAUAAGCUCCUCUUUCCCUGAUCCUUCACCCUCUGUAAUUUCUGCCUCCCCACACCCCUACACCUCUACCCCCUAGCACCCGGGACUGAUGUGCUCAUCCACGAGAAAGAAAAAACUCUGGACUUAUUUUCCUUCUCUCCUCAUCCAGAGCAAACCCCAAAUGCAUGAACCUUUGCCAGCCUUUUGUUUUUCUCCCAUUCCACGAUUCAGAAAAGGUUAACUUUCUUUGCUAAUUGCUUCUGUUUUUUCGUUUUCUGAUGAAUGUGACAUGAUGAGGCCACAAAGAAGCAGCCAUCCAUGUAUCAGAGCUUAUCAAUGUUGGGAGCCACAACUCACACUCCCUGAUAAGUGACCUUCAAGCAGACCCUCUCUCUGCUGCUUGCAGGCAGAGGGUUACAACCUGUCGUUAAUUUUCUGUUUGCUGUUUGUUAUUGAAAAAGCUAUUUCAAGAAUUUCUAUAAAACAACACUGAGAAGCAUUUUUCUGUCUUUUGGCUUAUUAAGAGGCAUUGUAAACAGUGUUGAAGCUUCAGUGUUUUAGGCUUAAGUGUUUGACCGGUUAAGAAGAAGUUGAAGCUCAUCCAAACCUGAGUGGUUGACAUAUCAAAUGAGAGAUACUUUAUUUUACUGUUGAGCUAAAUCAAAUUAAGUGUAACUGCAGGUAGAGCUACCUGGUAUCCAUGCUAUGAUUUUCUCAUCGCCUCAUAUACACAACCGUCUUGUAGCUUAGCUCAGUAGAAUGGUAGGGAUUUUCUUGUACCGGCUGCAUAAGUAACAACUCAGGAAUAAUCUAACCUGGGGUCUAAGAUAUAUUCAACAGUAUGUAGCUAACAAAUCAGCAUAAGAUGGUGUUCAGACAUAUGUUAAUCACCACGUUGCCAUAUAGAUACUUAGAGAUUGAACGGCACAAAAUAGCACGCUGACUCUUUCUUUUCAUAUGACGCAUACAAGAAAGUCUUCACUUGGUUGUGCUGACUGUAGCAUUUUGGAUUACUUGUGAAUCAAAAAGGGGCACAUUAUUCUGGUCUCACUGUGGAUAGGAUAACUCCAACACCUCCAAAAGAAACCACAUGUUUCCCCUGCUUCUCUCUCUAUAGCCUACAGAAUAAAGGAGGAAUGCAGCACCAGAAAAAAUGACAAGAAGAAUAUUUAUGACACAAGGAAUCAAAAAAGAGUAGCAGUGAAAUGAAUUCCCUGGUCUGAUUCCACCCCUGUUCAGUAUGUAGACUGAUCCUUAAGGUAGCGAAUGUAUGUUAUGAAACAGUAGCUCCAAAAGUGCUUUAAUGCAGAUAAAGCAAAACAUGUUUGAAUUUCUGUGGAAUGCCAUGUUUUUCAACAUUUGUUAUAAAACAAAUUUGAUAAAAGGAAUUGUAAAUAUUUUUGUUCUGGUUGCUUUAAAUUCAAUGUUCAAUUUUUUUUUUUUUUUUUUUACAUUUCAUCAAAUUGUGUGGAAAAUGGGUCAUUUCUUAAGAACUUGGAAUCAAUCCAGGACAAACCAUUUCCACAUUGCCUUACUUGUUUUCCCUCUGCAGAAGUUUUGCAAGAGGGUUUUUUUAGAUCAUUUCAUUACAGCAUGGGUGUGUAAAAAGAAGAUAUCCACGCUUUGUCAUGGCUUUUUUUUUAACAAGAAUGACUGAAAUAAAAUUAACUUCUUAUUGGCA